AUGACCUGUAGGGAUUUGUUCACACAAGCUGCACAUAUGUGGUGUAAUGUCAAGGACAUCCAUGUAUUUGGAUGUGUAAUCUAUGGUGGCAAUGACAAAGCUGCCUGCCAGGCUCAGGGCAUCUUUGCCAGCUCUCCAAUAUGUAUGGAGCAAGCAAGCAAGAGGCAGCCAAGUGUCAUAAGGCUGCUAGAUUACCUGGCCACAAUUGUGAAGCAUGAUCAUAAUUGCCAAGUUCUGCCUCAAGUCUUCUUGCACAAACUAUAUGAAGUGGGUAUCACAAGUGCACAGAGGAAUGUCCCAUGGAAGUCUUUACUGAACCUUCCCUACAUGCACCAGCACACCAUUGUUAAUUGGCCUGCUGCUGUCCCCACUGUCAGCCCAGAUUUCAACAUCAAGGGCCUCAGUGCUGAUGAGCUCCAUGCUUUAGCUGUCCCUUUUCUGAAGGAACAAAUGGGUGCUGAGUUCCAUUCUGAGGUCCAUGCAGAUGAUGAUGGUGAUGAUUCCUUGGUGCUAGUACCCACUGCAUCAUGUGAUCUCAGGGAGUGGACACCCAAUUUGCAAGCCUUCAUUAAAGCAAUCCCAAAAAGCAUGGGUCCCUCUGACUCAGAAAGGACACCCUUGCCACUUCCUCCAUUAUCACCCCCUGUUGAAGAUUCAAUGCAGUCACUUGUACAUGGUAGCAUGGGAGUGAAUCCAUCUGCAGACUAUGAUCAUUCCACUACCCCCUCCUCACCCAUGACCAAUGUGCUGGGGGUGUUCCAUGUGCAUCAUCCCUCUCCAGUGGGCUGGCAUUCCCUUCACUUCUCCACAACCCCAGAUGAAGAGUCACACCAUGUGCACUGUCCCUCUCCAGUAGGCUGGCAUUCUCUUUGCCAUUCCACAACUCCAGAUGAAGAAUCACAGCAGCUGCCUGUGUGA